CUUUUUAUUCUCUGCCGAAGUCUCUCUUUCUCUCGUUCUCUAACCCUCAAUUCUGCAAUCCCGCGAAUCUCUCUUUAGGGCUUCGUCUAUAUCGCAGAUCGGAGUUUUUUUUUUGUUGUUCCCAUCGCCGAACCUUAUAUAAUUGGAUAAAGAGGUAAGAUGUCUGCUACUCCUGAAGAAGACAAGAAGCCCGACCAAGGAGCUCACAUCAAUCUCAAAGUCAAGGGACAGGAUGGUAAUGAAGUCUUCUUUAGGAUUAAGAGAAGCACUCAGCUCAAAAAGCUCAUGAAUGCUUACUGUGACCGUCAAUCUGUUGAUUUCAACUCAAUUGCUUUCUUGUUUGAUGGCCGUCGUCUUCGUGCAGAGCAGACUCCAGAUGAGCUUGAUAUGGAAGAUGGAGAUGAGAUUGAUGCAAUGCUUCAUCAGACCGGCGGUGGUGCAAACGGCCUGAAUCUAUUCUGCUUUUAGUGGUCUUUUAUGGUUUUUCCAUAGAGAUUGUGUGAUAUUAAUGGUUUUCUUGAAUCGGCUUUAGAUUAAAUUUGGCAGGCUUUGUUUCACUUUCGACCAGAAACUUUCUUUAUCGGUCAAAGUCUUAUGUGAAUCUUGAACUUAUUGGAUCUUAAAAUAUUAAUGGGCUUGUUUAUGGAUUC